AUGCUCUGGUUGCUCUUCACCAGCAGGAGUUCGAGGAAUGCCUCAAGAUCCCCGUUCCCGACAGCGACGUGGAAGACGAGGCCAAUUACCUCUUUGAGGUCGGCCAAACCACGGCAGCCCAGCGCCUGCGGAGGAGACCCUUCGACAAGCAACUGCGACGAUGGUGA